UCAAGGCAACGGAAAUCCCACUUGCGACCGGUCCUUCUUUGCCCCUGUCUCCUCGUCUUGCCGUCCCGUAUCUUUUCUUAGGAGGCGGCGAGAUCUGGCCGCAUCCUCGCGCAGGGUAUUGCUCCCCGAUGGCAUCCUCGGGGAAGAUGGAGGGGCCGUCGGCGCCAGCGCUCCGGCGGGACCCGUAUGAGGUGCUCUCCGUAUCAAGAGACUCCUCCGACCAGGAGAUCAAGUCCGCCUACCGCAAGCUCGCGCUCAAGUAUCACCCGGACAAAAAUGCUAGCAACCCAGAAGCAUCAGAGCUGUUCAAAGAAGUUGCAUAUUCGUACAGUAUCUUGUCAGAUCCUGAGAAACGGAGGCAAUAUGAUACUGCUGGUUUUGAGGCGUUGGAAAAUGAAGGAAUGGAUAUGGAGAUUGAUUUGUCCAAUCUUGGAACUGUGAACACAAUGUUUGCUGCACUUUUCAGCAAGCUCGGGGUUCCUAUCAAGACGACGGUAUCUCCUACUGUUCUUGAAGAAGCUAUGAAUGGAACAGUGACAGUGAGACCACUCCCAGUUGGGACAUCAGCUAUGGGAAAGGUUGAAAAGCAAUCUGCUCAUUUCUUUGGUGUGACAAUAAGUGAAGAGCAAGCUCAUUCAGGAAUAGUAGUUAGAGCCACUUCAGUUGCACAAAGUAAAUUUAAGCUUCUUUUCUUCGAACAAGAAGUCAACGGAGGCUAUGGACUAGCUCUACAGGAAGAUAGUCAGAAGACUGGCAAGGUGACAUCUGCAGGCAUGUAUUUCCUGCAUUUUCAAGUCUACCGUAUGGACUCGACAGUGAAUGCGUUGGCAAUGGCUAAAGAUCCUGAGGCUGCAUUCUUUAAAAGAUUGGAAGGUCUCCAACCUUGCGAAGUCUCGACACUUAAACCUGGAACUCAUAUAUUUGCUGUAUAUGGUGACAAUUUUUUCAAGCCAGCCAGCUAUACAAUUGAAGCAAUGUGCGCAAAGAGUUACGAAGACACAACAGAGAGGCUAAAAGAAAUAGAGGCUAAAAUUCUGGAGAAAAGAACUGAUCUGCGUCAAUUCGAAACUGAGUACAGAAAAGCUUUGGCACGGUUUCAGGAAGCGACCACCAGAUAUACACAAGAAAAGUAG